AUGGCGCCGGCGACGGCGCGGACGAGGGUGGGGCCCUACGAGCUCGGAAGGACGCUGGGGGAGGGGACGUUCGGCAAGGUCAAGUUCGCUCACCACACCCGCACCGGAGACAUCGUCGCCAUUAAGAUCCUCGACAAGGACCAAGUCCUCCGCCACCAAAUGGUCGAGCAGGUAGGCUCCCGCCAUCUCCGUAUCUGUACACUCGGUCUCUUCACCCCUGCCAUGAUCGCACAUUUAUUUGGUGAUUAGCAUUUUCUAGAGUUAACGUAUCGGAUAUCAAUUAUUCCCGGGUGCUAAUUAUGGAUUGGCACCUGGUCAACUCUGUUCUCUCUCCCUCUCUCUCCUCUCGUUUGCGCCGUUAGCCGGCGGCGAUGGUGGAAACGUGGCGGCCCGAACGGUGGACCGACAGAGAGGAUAUCACGGCCCUUCUCUCCCCCUCUCCAUCAUGUCCAUCUGCACCGUAUCUCUCCCGCCGCCCCCUCCCCAGAUAGAAGUAGUGAGAGGGAAGACAGAGAAACAGGGCCAUCGGCCGUUUCCCUUUCCUACCUCUCUCCCUCUGCUCAUCCUCGACGGUACAAUCCGACUAAAGAUGCAUUAACAAUAUGAACCCUUUCAAGUAUUCUAAUAUUGCUUCUCUUUUCUAUUCAUUUAAAACGUUAUGCAUAAUAAAUUGGACAUUAUCGAGCAGCUUGGAAAUCCUUUGAACGUUAUCGAGCAGAUAGAUGGUUUUUGUAAUUACUAGUUCAGAGAUUGGAGGGCUCAUAUUCAGCUUAUGCUGAUGUGUUCGUCAUCAUCAGUAUGCCUUUUUUCUGAGUAAAUCUUACAAAGCUUUUGUGUUUUUGCCAGAUAAAGAGAGAAAUCUCCACUAUGAAACUAAUCAAGCAUCCAAACGUAGUCAACAUCUAUGAGGUAUUGUGGAAUUGGUCUCCUGUUUACACGGCUACUAACACACUGGAUCUGUGAUCCUGAUGUUUGCCUUUAAUUUUUUAAUGCAAUAAUUAGCUAAAAAAAUGUAAUCCAGCCAUGUGAUGCCAUAUUUUAUUAUUUGUGGUUCCAUUAUAAAUUUAGCUCUGUCAUGUAAUGUUUAUCAUCUAUUAUUGUCUGUCCUCUCUCACUUCAUCAGAUAAAUAAUUUCCUGCUUUAUGGGUUACUAAAUAAUAUAGGUCACUUUCAUCAAAUAUGUUAUUAUUUUAUUUAUUUUAAAUAAAAUGGAAUCAUUAUUUUACUUGUAUGCUCGGUAACAAUAGAUUGGCCAUUAAGUGAGUUUUUAUUCAUGCAAUGUACUUACACAAUUUCAUUACCAACCCUAGGUGAUGGGGAGGAAGACGAAGGUAUAUAUUGUUCUUGAGUUCGUAGAUGGAGGUGAACUAUUCGACAAAAUUGUAAGUUUUCCUUGUUUCUGAAAAAUGACGGAAUUAAAUAUCGGUUAUGCUCUUCCAGUUGAUGUUUGCCUCAAUUUUUUUCACUCUUGUGAGUACUACCGAUUAUAAUUUUUUUUUAUGCCAUUAAUGAGUAGGCUAAACUUGGAAGGCUCAAAGAAGACGAAGCUAGGCGAUAUUUUCAGCAGCUUAUCAAUGCUGUGGAUUACUGUCACAGCAGAGGAGUCUACCACCGAGAUCUGAAGGUUCAACAGUGAUUUUUGGCUUCUUUUAUUGUUUUAACGCGUCUGAAUUUUUGGAUUCCCCUUUUCUUAAGUUUUUUUCGUAUUCUGAUGAUUUCCUGUUCCUUGCAGCCCGAAAAUCUUCUUUUGGAUUCACAUGAUGUCCUCAAAGUUUCAGAUUUUGGCUUGAGCGCAUUUUGCCCAAAAAUGAAUGUAAGAAUUUUCUUUCUUCCCAUUGGAGCAAAAUCACCCCCCUGAGUCUCUGAAAGGCUACGCACCCAACUUAUUUCAGCCCCAUAUUUCUUGGUUUUUUUUUCUGUUUUUUUCUUCUUACAUACGUCGUUAUUUUUAUUUUCAUUGAUUCUGAUUUUAUUUAUAUAUAAUUAUAAAUAUUCCCAUAGUUUGCUUUAUUCAUUCAAGGGGCUAUAACUUUGGCAAAAACAAAAGCUAUAAAUAUUUCCUUGGAAUCUUAUCCAAUGUACCAUUGCAGGAAGAUGGGCUACUCCAUACUACAUGUGGAACCCCGAAUUACGUUGCUCCUGAGGUAUAAACCUCAUUCUUCGUGUUCUCUUCCUGACAGGAGAUCCCACUCUGCAGCUUCUGAUGCGUUUACUCUCUCAGGUACUCGAUAACAAAGGGUAUGGCGGAGCAGCAGCCGACGUAUGGUCCUGCGGUGUAAUUCUCUUUGUUCUCAUGGCUGGUUACUUGCCAUUUGAUGAGCCAAACCUUAUGGCUUUAUAUAAAAAGUUUAGUAUUUUUAUAGCAUUCUUCCACCUUUUUCUUCACUGGGUCUAUUCGAAAGAAGACGAACUCAUGUUCAGAUAUGCAAAAUGCAGAUCUAUAGAGCGGACUUCACGUGCCCGCCGUGGUUUUCUUCUGGUUCAAUGAAAUUGAUCAAGUCCAUACUAAAUCCAAACCCACUCACCGUAAGUUUCUUUACUUAAUCCAUUAUUUGUAAAGAUAAUGACUGCCAAUGUCUGCACUUUGACCAAGUUAUCUUGAAUUAUAUUCACGGUUACUUCCUAGUUAUCCUGCCUUCACAUAUAAUCUGAUUCUAUCGGUGUCUUCAAUGCAGAGAAUAAAAAUUUCAGAAAUCCUGGAAAAUGAAUGGUUUAAGAAGGGAUAUAAGAGUCCGGAUUUUGAGAAAGGGAAGGAAGUCAGCCUCGAUGAUGUUGACGCUGUGUUCAAUGAUUCGGAGGUACGACCUUGUCAAAACCCUUCUCUUGACCUUCAGAGGUGGAAAUUUAAUAUCUAUAUAUAUAAAUAUAUGUCCGUCAACAUCUUGAAUUUUUUUAACGAUGAUCGCCGUUUACAUUUCCUCCAUAGGAGCACUUUGUUAUGGAGAAGAGAGAGAAACCUGAAUCAUUGAAUGCGUUUGGGCUGAUCUCAAAGUCACAAGUCUUUAACCUCGGAAAACUAUUCGAGAAUGAUGCGGUACGUUGACUCGCUGGAUGCAUGGUCGUCUAGGCCUAGUUAGUCACCAUGGUAGAUUCGAAUAGCUCAAGUUCACUUACGGUAAGACCCAUUUGCUUGCUUACCACCAAAGCAGAUAAUGGAUGAAACUAAGAAAUUUCAUGUGUUUAGCUCCAUUUCCUGAUCAAUUGAGCUAAAACUAGGAAGAAUAAAAGGAAUUACUUUUUUAAGAAAACGUAAUAUUUUCUGUCUUUCUCAUGGAUCACAUCUGUUUAGAAGAAAAGAAAAGAAAUUAAGAAUAUGCAAUCUUCUGCCCCUUGUAAGCCCGCGUUUCUUGACUCACUCGUCGCAUUCUGCAGGCUGCCAUCAAGAGGGAGACACGGUUUACUUCCCGAUGCUCUCCAAACGAAAUACUAUCUAAAAUCGAAGAAGCUGCCAGGCCCCUUGGUUUCAACGUGCGUCAGCACAACUACAAGGUAAUAUCAUCGCUGACUUGGGAUCGUGGUUAUCAUUUGAAAUGAUACAAAUAUCAAUCACACGUUGUUCAGAUGAGGCUGCAAGGUGACAAGACGGGAAGAAAGGGAUGCGUAUCUGUGGCUACCGAGGUACUCUGAGUUCUUCCUCUUGUGCUCUCCCCAGAUGUUCAUUUAUUUAGCCUUUUGGAUGAAUUUUGAUGAGAAAAUGGGAUGGUGAUCAGAUAUCGUAUCAUAGAAUGUGGGUGAUCUUGGUCUUAUGACCAUGGUUUUUGUCUAUAAAUAUAGUUAUCUGGGUAUAAUAGUUGGUGAUCUUAGCCUAUCAGCAUGGUUUUUAGGGCAUCUUGCACUAGAAUGCAGGGUAUAAAAGCUGCUGAUGUUAUUAAUAUGUAGCAGUAUGGAUCUUCGUUAAUUGCAUCAUUAAUUAUGAUUCAAUAUCUUCGCAUAUAGAAGGAUUUAAUAUCUUCAUAUUUGUGUACUUUUUUAUUGUAUUUAUCUAAAUAUACUCUUAGAGACCUCACCUAGCGUGUACCUGAGAUGAUAGAAUAUGUCUUUAAUUGACUGAUAUGGUCCAUAAACAAACCAACAAAAUAAUAUCUAAAAUAUAAAUGACCAUUUGACUUAGUUUUAGCGUUGACCUUCUGCCGACUAUUUUGAUGAUUCAUGAAAAAAAUUAUAUUACGCAAACGCAUAUUUUAAAACUGGCCCACAAUUUUUUUUGUUCAAAUUCAUGUCACUUUAUCAUUAUUGACUUUGCCCCUCCUCUGUUGACUUGUGAUCCUUUCAUCAGGUCUUCGAAGUGGCCCCUUCUCUCCACAUGGUUGAAGUCCGCAAGACUGCUGGUGACACUUUGGAGUUCCACAAGGUAAGCUAUUUAUCUAUAUAUAUAUAUAUAUAUAUAGAUCUAUGUAAAUAUAGAAAAUCUGGGUUUAAUUUGAUGGAUCUGGGUGCUCGUGUCUCAAAACCAAUGGCAGUUCUACAAAAGCUUCUCUUCAGGCCUGAAAGAUAUCGUGUGGAAAUCUGAAGCCAACGCCGAGGAGGAGAAGAGGGGGUAA